AGAAGGCAAUGAAAGAAGAAAAAAAAACAAAGAAGAGGGGAGAGAAAGUAAGAAGAGAGAGAAAGAGCUGAAAAGGGUGUCCAUUUAUGUGCAUUUUUCAGCUAGAAAUGAACUCCUUUUUUAUUUCUAUAUGAUUACAUAGAAAAAAAUAUAGUUGGGUUUUAGUGCAAUUAGUCAUAGAUCCAUACAUAGAAAGUAAGAAGAGAGAGAGAGAGAGCUGAAAAGUUGGUGUCUUGAACUCAAAGGGUGUGCAUUUUUAGCAAGAAAUGAGCUCCAAUUUUGUAAAUAUAGAUUUUCUUAUGGCUAUAUAGAAACAGUUAUAUCGUGGGGGUAUCAAGACAAUUAGUCAUAGGUCCAUACCUAGAGAGAGAGAGAGAGAGAGAGCUGAAAAAGGUGGUUUCUUGAACUCAAAGGGCAACCCUUUUAUUCAUUUUCAACAAGAAAUGCACUGCAAGUUUGCAGAUAUUGAUUUGUAUAUGGCUAUUUAGACAUAUAAUAGUGGGCGUCAGUGAAAUUAGUCAUAGAUAUAUCAUAUUGGUUCUUUAAUCUGAAGUUGGGGUUUGAUCAAUCUUGGAAUCUUGGAUUGAAAUGGAUAAUAAUAAUAAUAAUAAUAAUACAGCAUCAGCUCAAGGACCAACACCACCAGCUGAGGAGCUGUUAAAGAAGAUUAAAGAACUGGAGGCAGGUCAUGCCCAGAUGAAGCAGGAGAUAUCUAAGCUCAUGAUUUCUGAUGAUCAUAGAUCACAUAGACAAAGGUCCCACUCUAUCUCACCACAACGGCCGCCUCGUCUUAGGGGUGGCGGUGGUGGUGGCUUUGAUGGUGGUGCUGCUAUGUGGAAAAGGGGUUCAACCUCUUUCCGCCAUUCGUCACCAUUGCAAAGAGAGAGUAGUAGUAAAGGUGAGAGAGACAAUGAUAAUGGUGGAAGCCCUGCUGCAGUGAAAUUUACUGAUAGACAGUAUUUGAAUAUAUUACAGUCAAUGGGACAAGCAGUGCAUAUAUUUGAUCUCAAUGGUCAUAUAAUUUACUGGAAUCGUACCGCUGAAAAACUAUAUGGUUAUUCUGCUGCAGAAGCUCUUGGACAAGAUCUCAUUGAGCUCCUAACAGAUGCUCAGGAUUACGAUAUUGCUAAUAACAUUGUAUACCGAGUGCUAAGGGGUGAGAGUUGGACUGGACAGUUUCCAGUUAAGAAUAAGAGAGGGGAUAGAUUCGUAGUCGUUGCUACCGAUACCCCUUUUUAUGAUGAUGAUGGUACAUUGCUCGGUGUUAUUUGUGUAUCGAGUGAUAUGCGGCCUUUUCAAGAAACAGGUCUUGCAUCGAUGGGAGUGACGCAGUUGGAAGCUGAUACAAGAUUUAGAGCCAGAACCCUUGCUUCUUCCAAACUUGGAAAUGAUCCCCAGCAGCCUCUGCAAGUUUCAAUCGCCUCCAAAAUAUCUAAUUUGGCCUCAAAGGUGAGCAACAAGGUUAAGUCAAAAAUAAAGACAGGAGAGAGCAUCGUGCUUCGUGAAGGUGGAAGUGGAGAUAGUCAUUAUUCUGACCAUGCAUUUUCUGAGGCUGCUCUCUCAGUCUCAGAUCACAGGGAGGAUGCAAACUCAAGUGGAGCAAGUACGCCUAGGGGAGAUGUUCACCCUUCUCCUUUUGGAGUAUUCUCUGAUCUUUCAAGAGAUUCUGGGGAUGAGAGUGAGGGCAAACAAGGGAUUUCUAAGAUCAUCACCUUGAAGGCAGAGGCGUGGAUGGCGAGGAAGAGCUUAUCGUGGCCAUGGAAAGGCAACGAGCAAGAAGCGUCAGAAGCAAGGACUACACGAUUUGUAUGGCCUUGGCUAAACAAUGACCAAGACAAUGAGUUGAAUCGCAGUAACAGUUAUAAUGCAUUGAAACCAGAGAAUCAGUUUAUUGAUACUAACCGGACAACCACCAAUGAAGCUACUGGAUCCUGGUCGUCUUCAUUUAAUGUCAACAGCACAAGCAGCGUUAGUAGCUUUGGAAGCACCAGCAGUACUGCUGUUAAUAAGGUGGACAUGGAUACUGACAGCCUGGACUACGAAAUCUUGUGGGAGGACUUAACAAUUGGAGAACAGAUUGGAGAAGGUUCUUGUGGAACUGUUUAUCAUGGGCUGUGGUAUGGAUCGGAUGUCGCUGUUAAAGUAUUUUCCAAGCAAGAGUAUUCCGAUGAAGUGAUAUAUUCUUUCAAACAGGAGGUUUCCCUUAUGAAACGACUUCGACAUCCAAAUAUUCUUCUUUUCAUGGGUGCAGUAACUUCACCUGAACGCCUCUGCAUUGUCACAGAGUUCCUGCCACGGGGAAGUUUGUUCAGGCUAUUACAGAGGAACUCAUCCAAAUUAGAAUGGAGACGACGUGUCCAUAUGGCUUUAGACAUAGCUCGUGGUGUGAACUAUCUUCAUCAUCUUAAUCCUCCUAUAGUUCAUCGCGACUUGAAGUCUUCAAAUCUUCUUGUGGACAAGAACUGGACUGUUAAGGUUGGGGAUUUUGGUCUGUCACGUCUUAAACAUGAAACAUAUCUAGCAACAAAGACGGGUAAAGGAACGCCUCAAUGGAUGGCUCCAGAAGUUCUUCGCAAUGAACCUGCAGAUGAGAAGUCUGAUGUAUACAGUUUUGGAGUGAUUCUAUGGGAGCUUGCCACCGAAAAAAUCCCUUGGGAUAGCCUCAACUCAAUGCAGGUGGUUGGAGCUGUAGGAUUCAUGAAUCAGCGGUUAGAUAUCCCGAAGAAUGUUAAUCCACAAUGGGCUUCUAUAAUCGAGAGCUGUUGGCAUAGUGAGCCACAAUCCCGGCCUUCAUUUCAAGAACUAGUGGAGAAACUUAAGGAUUUGCAGAGGCAGUAUCUUAUUCAGGCGCAGACAGCACGUAACGCUGGAGGAGAUAGCAGCCAGAAGGAACAGUAAAUACAUUUGUGCUUGAGUUUCACCUGAAGAUUGCUAGGAGAUGCAUUGCUAACUCUUCAAAGUUUUAUGGCUGUUGCGUGAAAGUUGGUCAGACAGAGCACACAAAUGGCUUGUGUUGUCGGAUCCUAACUUCAGAGGCUAAAAUGACAGGAUGGCUGUUAUUAUAAGGAAGCCUGGUAGAGAAAAAGCUGCUGCUCUUUAUUGGAUUAGUUGAGUCAGUCGGUGACUACAUGAGUUCUAACAUGAUUCUGUUCAGUGAAUUCAUAGUCUGCAUCGUUAAAUAUCUUGUGGUGUGAAGUGAAUUCGGCUUAAAUCACUGUGUGUUUUAUAUGGUUACGGCAUUCAAAUACUUGUAUAUUGAAUGAAAAAUUAGUGUUCAAGUUAGUACAUUUAAGUCUUAGAAGUUAUUGAUUUUCUGAU